CAGCAGCUGAGCUCACGUCGCCAAUGGCUUUCUUCGCCGCCCUCUCCAUUCUGCCGCCCUUGUUUUCUACUCUUUCAACCCCCUUUAAACCCUCUUCCUUUUUCUGCUGAGUAUUCCCUCCUCCGUCAGGUCUAUGAGGUCAUCAGUGGUCGCUAUGGCUCCCGAUGAAGAGAAGAUGACCCGCCGUUCGCCCCUCGAUUUCCCCAUCGAGUGGGACAGGCCGAAGCCAGGAAGGAGACCAGAUAUAUUUCCUCAGUUCAGUCCCAUGAAGACUCCACUACCCCCACCAAUGCCUGCUGAUCCUCCUGAAGAAGACGAAGAAGAUGAAGAAGAGAAAAAAGAGGAAGAGGAGGAGAACGAGGAGGAGAAUCCGGACAAGGAAGACAAGUGAUAUGUUCUACUACUACUCUUGCACUUGAAGAAUGACUCU